AUGGAGAAUAGAACAGUGAUAGAUAAGGUUCAAGUUGCGGCAUUAUUGCAUGAAGAGGAGGACAAAACUAGACAGGAUGGCAGUGACAGCGAAGUAGAGGACCAUACGAGUAAAGAUGACGUUCAAAGUGACAAUGAUGACGAGUAUAUGGACGAAAUUGUCAAUCAAGACUUGUCCGACCACUCCCAAACAUCUCCUGGAAAACUUGAACAUGACCAUCGUAAAGUCAUUCCGCCUCAUAGAGUAAUCAGCAUAUCUCGUGCCACUGUGUAUGAUAUAUUAAAAGAACAUUCCACAAAAGGCGGCCAGCAGUCACCCCCCACCGCCUUCGCAAACGAAAAUACUCUUAACGUGGUGAGUUUAAGAUAUGGACUAAUGUGGAAUAAGUAG